UAAUACAGCAGCAAGUACAUGGAUCAGAAGAAUUGCAAAUAAUACACCUUGUGUGUGACAGUUCAAUUAUUACAUUUCUCUCUCAAUACAAGUAUAAUAAUAGGAUAAUACAUCCUAAGAAAAAUACAACGCACGCACAAAAGGAAAAAGUGAAAUCCAUCGAAUCCAUGAAGAUAUAAUGACUACCAAGCUUGCGAUCAAGCAUAAAGACUCCCUUGUCUUGAAGGAAAAUAAACUGCACGAAAAGAAUUACACGAUCCAACAAUCCAGGCUGAAGAGAUACGAACACCUGUCGCUUCCUUGGUCAACCUUGAGUGUGUUCGUGGUCUACUGGCUCGUCCUCUGUCCUCUAAUUUGGGCCAUAUGUUACAAAUUCGCGUAUUGGCCUUCAUAUUGGUCUUUUCUCUUCUGGACAGUCGCGUUUCUGAUCUGGAUCGUGAUCAUGUGCGGAUUAAUAAUCUUCUGGAGACGUUUCCAAGUUAAACAAAGCCUUGAAAUUAAUACGAUCUCGAAAUAUGGUUCGGAUAAAGAGAGGAGACCCCGAAGUGUUCACCAGAUAUCAUCUGAAGACUCGGAAUUUCUAAGGACGAAGAAGUGGAAUGAUUCUCACGAAUCGGAAUCUAAGAGCGAUCGAGAAAAUCUCAGGAGAGAUUUGCCGCCUUUGGUGAUACAUAAACAAAUAUCAGGUGAAAACAUCGAAGAUACUGAUGGAGUGGUGUGUGUCGAAGAAAAUGAGAAAACUCGCUUAAGCGUUGCUAGUGAUUAUGUUCAGAAGAGUCCCCUGCAGGAUUAUCUGAAGCUGGUAACGGUAUCGCCCUCGGAGGACGAGGUAAAAUCCCCGAAGACGCCUAUGUCGCCGAGGGAUUUAUUCUUCAUCGAUUUGAUCCGUGAAGCGGAGAAGGUCGAGAGAUCGCUGAAAACUAGAACGCAUUUCUUCCCGAGCGAAACAACCGAGAAUGACAGUGCGGAAACCGUAAAAAGUAUAACGAAUGGAACGGAUAUCGAGGACGUGGAGCACAGAAAGGAUGUAAAAGAUACAGAGGAUGAGAAUGUAAAGGACAAAAAGGAUAAUAAAUUGAGGUCAAAACGCGAAUCAAGUUACUUCAUAGCCGACGUGGAGAGUCCAACAAGUGAGAAAACGGAGGUCUUCCUUCAGAUCGAUCCAAACGUGGACGAAGAGACUGGAUUAAUUGUGGAGAAACCGGUGAUAAUAUUGCAAUCCAAUGAAGCACAUUCGCAAGAAACCUUCACUUCACCAGUUAAUUAAAUUGCCGGAGACAAUUACUUAUAAUAGUUAAUUAAAAAAUUCGAGAAAUAUAUGAUCUAA